GCGUGGGUAUGUAUUUAUUGCAUUUUCCUUGCAGACUGCCUGCCCAUGAGCCCACGCAGAUCGGAGUUUCAUUGAUCCGCGUCCUUUCUCAGUUUUCACUCUCUCCCCACGGCAGGGCGAUGAGCCGGCCUGGAUCUCCUGGAUCUCCUCAGCUGACGGUCCAGGCUGUUGGUAUUUCCACUGUGAGCUGCCCACGGACACGGCUCUAAAACAUGAAUCCGGUAUUUGUCGCUCUCGCAGUCGCGCUUUUGGCUGCGAACAGCGGCUGCGUCCCGUCAUUCAUCCUGCCGUUCACCGACUGCGUCCAGAGCCGCGGCUUCUACCGGGGAGCGAUAGACGUCACCGAGUCCGGAGCCCGGUGCGUGAACUGGACCGAGGUGGCCGGCUUCAAGGAGCGAUACCCGGGUAAAGGGAUAGGAGAACACAACCACUGCCGCAACCCGGACCUAAGGAUCCGACCCUGGUGCUUUUUCAGGAGCCCCAAAGGCAGAGUGGACUGGGGAUACUGCGACUGUAAACACGGCUCGGUGCGACUUCAGGGAGGACGCUCCAAACUGGAGGGCAGAGUCGAAGUCUAUCUUGCUGGAGUCUGGGGGUCUGUGUGUAGUAAUGACUGGGGAGAUGAAGACGCUGCAGUGAUUUGCAGACAGCUGGGCAAGGGGUUCUCAGGUCGUGCACGUGCAGUUCCCUUGUUUCGUCCCAGCUUGGCCAAGGUGCACUGGAGAGCAGUCCACUGCCAAGGAGAAGAACCAGACCUGCUCCAGUGUCCCAAGACUCCCUGGAAUGGAGGGGAGUGUUCCCUGGCUGCAGCCGUUACCUGCAUCCAGCAGCAAGAAAUUGUGACACUUCCUAUACGGCUGGUCGGAGGUCAAUCCAGGUCAGAGGGCACAGUAGAGGUCUUCCACGCUGGGCAGUGGGGUUCUAUAUGUGACGACCAGUGGGAUGAUAGCGAUGCAGAGGUUGUGUGUCGACAGCUGGGGCUGAGCGGUGUGGCAAGAGCAUGGGGCCAGGCACAUUUUGGUAAAGGUUCGGGCCACGUGUGGCUGGAUGAGGUGCGUUGCACUGGUAAUGAGCUCACCCUGGAGCAAUGUCCUAAAAGCGCAUGGGGAGAACAUAACUGUCUGCACUCUGAGGAUGCAGGUGUGUCCUGCAGCCCUUUAACAGAUGGUACUGUCAGACUGGCAGGGGGUGCAGGGAGUUAUGAGGGGCGUUUAGAGGUCUUCUACCGUGGUCAGUGGGGGACAGUGUGUGAUGACGGCUGGAUGGAUUCCAACACACAAGUGGUUUGCCGACAGCUUGGUUAUAGGUUAGGAGAGACACUCCUUUCCCGGGGGCUCGACACCCCUCGUUUCGGGGUCGGGUCAGGUCCCAUUGUUUUGGAUGAUGUGAGCUGCACAGGGAAGGAGCCCAGCCUAUUGGUGUGCAACAGGAAGGAGUGGCUUCGUCAUGACUGCACUCACUAUGAAGAUGUCAACAUUGCCUGCAGCCCUGAGCGCAACGGAGACAGUCUCCCAACUAGUCUGCCAUUAAGGCUGGUGGGUGGAGAGAGCCCUGGGGAAGGCCGGGUGGAGCUCUACCUGUCUGGCCAGUGGGGAACGGUAUGUGAUGAUGGAUGGAGUGAUCGUGAUGCUGAGGUGGUGUGUCGACAGCUGGGAUACAGUGGGGUCGCAAAGGCCCGUGUGAUGGCGUACUUUGGUGAAGGGACAGGGCCGAUCCACGUGGACAAUGUGAAGUGCAGCGGCGAGGAGAGAUCAUUGGCCGACUGCAUCAAACAGACACCGGGCACGCACAACUGCCGCCACAGUGAGGACGCUGGGGUCAUCUGUGACUACGGCGAAUUUCAGCCCAGCUACAAAGAGGUGAAAGAUCCUGUCAGCUCAAUUUGCGGUCUGCGGCUCAUACACACUCGCCAGCGACGAAUCAUAGGAGGAGAAAACUCUCUGAGGGGUGGCUGGCCGUGGCAGGCUGCGAUCCGUUUGCGAGGGUCUAGGGGAGACGGGAGGCUGGUUUGUGGAGCAACUCUAAUUGAUACCUGCUGGGUCCUCACUUCAGCACACUGCUUCAAAAGGUACGGAAACAGCACUAAGGAGUAUAAAGUACGAGUUGGCGACUACCACUCCCUCGUCCCAGAGGAAUAUGAAGAGGAAUAUGGUGUUGACCAGAUUGUCGUCCAUCCAAACUACCACCCCCACAGCAAUGACUAUGACCUGGCCUUGGUUCGUCUGUCCCCAGGAGCGGUGGGCCAGACGCCGGGCCAGUGCGUGUCAUUCAGCCGUCAUGUUCUUCCUGCGUGUCUACCCUACAGGAAGGAGAGAGUGCUCAAACAAGCCAGCAACUGUCACAUCACAGGCUGGGGCGACACAGGACGUUCAUACUCCAAGACCCUCCAACAGGCCCCUCUCUCCCUCCUACCCCGUCGUCAUUGCCAGCAGCAUUUCCAUGGCGCUUUCACCAGCCGCAUGCUCUGCGCAGGCAGCAUCCAGUCCGACAAGCGUGUGGACAGUUGCCGUGGCGACAGUGGCGGUCCCUUGGUGUGCGAGAGACCAGGAGGGGGUUGGGUGGUUUACGGGGUCACGUCCUGGGGUCUUGCCUGUAGGACGCAGCAGUCUCCGGGCGUCUACACCAAAGUGUCCGCUUUUAGCUCCUGGAUUCACAAGGUGAUGGAACGCAGUGACAGAAAAGAGAGGAGGCGAUGAAAAGUGGUAAAAGAACCUAAAUGAUGGACCUCCGGAGAAGAAAGAAUGACUCUUGACUCUAAAUGUCAGGUGAGGACUGAGCCAACAGUUUUAAGCUGAAUCUCAAAUGGAGAGGAGUAAGCCACGCUGGACUUGUUCUCCUGGACUUUAUCCAUUUUUGAGGACAGGAAGACAUGCAUCUUUAUCUCCAUUAGCACUUAUUUUAUUAAUUUAAAAUCUUCAUGAUCUGUUUGUGAACCAUAUUCAAGAAUUAACUUCUUUUCCUUGUGUCUUGUGACAUCGCUCACUGCAGUCAAAUGUCUUUUUUUUUUUUUUAAAUUGUUUUUUAAAUUCUUGUUUGUUUUCAAUGCUUGCUUGUGUUAUAAAUUCAUAUUGUAAUUUAUGAAUGAAAUAUUUGAGAGAGCAUGAUGUUGAAGGGACCACAGUGUAUAAUUAAACAUAAAGCAAAAGUGCAUGCACAGUAAAUGAUGGCAUGCUCCUGUGUUUAUCUUCCAAGUUAUUUGGACGUUUGCCAAAGUCCAAAAUGUGGUUUAACCUCAUUUCAGUGUGGUUUGUGCAAAAAGUACGAUUUCAGGUCUUAAGUACCACUCAGGCGUUUGUCAGUAUUUGCUGCAGGAUGGAAGGGACAAAAGUCUUCCUGAAUCAAAGCACAUGACAGUACUUUUUGUUUAGUGACUUGUCAUAGAUCAGCAUUUUAAGCCAUGUUCUUUUGUCUUAAUGUGAUAGGUCAGUGUUGUCCAUUUGUGGAGCACAAAGGGGAGACAAUCUGAUACACUUGAAUAAAAACAGACACUUCACUGCCAUCUUCUUUGGUUUUAUUGAUUGUGUGUUAAGUUUCAAUGUACUGUAAAUUUUUUUAUAAACUUGUU